AUUAGAAGUUGGUUAUCUUGGAUCUAACGAAUUGGAUAAAGAGUGAACCACCUACCACGCGCCAAACCAUUCAUUUUUAAUUUCAAAGCAGAAUUAACUUCUUCCGUGUUUUUUUUUUUCGGUUACAAACUUUUUCCGUUUUCUUCUUCUUCUUCAUAAACGGUUUUCUUGGAUUAUAUUUCAAAUUUUCUCACAAAAUAUUAUUAUCUCAUUUUCUUUUUAUACUAGUACUAGUAUAUUUUAUUUUUAAAAAUGAACUUAUUCUAGAAGAGUAGAAUUUGGAGUCUUUUCAAAAGAUUUUGGUGAUUCUGCAAAAUUACUGCUACUUCACAUGGCGUUAGGGGGUUUUGCUAAAUUUUGGACAUUCUUUCAGGGAGGGAGACAGAUUGAUCCUUCUGCACAUACAAUAAAGUCUCAUGGAGCCACAGUUGCAAGAAAUCAUCUUCAUGAUUGGAUUAUAUUGGUGCUUCUCAUAAUAAUAGAGGUUAUCCUCAAUAAAAUUCAGCCAUUUCACCGUUUUGUGGGAAGGGACAUGAUGGAAGACCUUAUGUAUCCAAUGAAAAAAAACACUGUGCCUAUAUGGACUGUUCCUCUUUAUGCAGUUCUGUUGCCAAUAACUGUGUUCCUCUUCGUCUAUAUGCGUAGGAGAGAUGUUUAUGAUUUGCACCACAGUGUUCUAGGCCUCCUAUAUGCUAUUCUGAUAACUGGGGUGUUGACCGAUUCAAUUAAAGAUGCUGUUGGCCGGCCACGACCAGACUUCUUUUGGCGUUGCUUUCCUGAUGGAGUACAGGUGUAUGAUAAAUUCGGAGGUGUGGUUUGCCAUGGCAAUGCUGAUGAAAUGAAAGAAGGACAUAAGAGUUUUCCAAGUGGUCAUACAUCAUGGUCCUUUGCAGGUCUUGGUUUUCUCUCCUUGUAUCUAUCCGGGAAGAUUAAAGUUUUUGAUCGUAAAGGGCACGUGGCGAAAUUAUGCAUUGUGUUUUUACCUCUACUUUUUGCCUGCAUGGUUGGAAUCUCUAGAGUGGAUGACUAUUGGCACCAUUGGACAGAUGUGUUUGCUGGAGGUCUUCUAGGUCUAGUUGUUACUACAUUUUGCUAUUCACAGUUCUUCCCUCCUCCCUAUAACGAUGACGGAUGGGGUCCAUAUGCAUAUUUUGUGGCUAUGGAGGAAUCAAGAAACAAUGCAAGUCUGAAUCGGGAAUUACCUGCUGUACAAACCAUGGAUGAAAGUAGGCUUGUAAAUCAAGUGCCAAGGAGAAAUGGUGAUGCAUUAACCCCUUUCACUUAUCUUAGCCCAACCUUGGAAGCCAUGGAGAUGGGACAUAACCCACAAGUGAAAUCAUCAUGAUCUUAUAACCACUAGCAUGAGAUAUUCUUGUGUGGUAAAAUUCUAUUAUAUUUUUUAAAUAAUUAUAUUAUAUGUUGUGUUUUGUGUCUGUGAUUAAAUCAAAUUUUUUGGUCUCAUGACCACACAAGAAUAUCUCUCACUAGCAGUAUCUUUUAUGUAGUAUAUCUCUCAUAGCUGGCUAAUUAAUUCCUUGUGACUUAUAAUAAUUUAAAAUGAAAAUGAAGUUCUACA